GAUGGCGGCGGCCCCGCCGCACCCACAAUGCUCCGCGGGCAGCCGGGUUUCCGGGUGUGGGCACCGGGGCGGACGCACUGGGGGAGCCGGCAGAGAGCCGAGGGAGGCGCCUUGCGGCGGAGCCUGUGCCCGGGUGCAGAGGAGGCUUCCCGGACGGAUGCGAGCGGGCGCCACGCUCGGACCAUGAGGCUCCGGCUCUGUUCGCUGGUCCCUGCCUUCGUCCUGCUCCUACUGCUGCGGGCGCCCGUACUCGGGGCGCUCGAACACCCAGCGGAGCAGCGCCUCGAGAGGCUUGAAUCCGUGCUCUCAGAUUAUGACAUCCUCUCUCUGUCGAAUAUCCAGCAACACUCAUUAAGGAAAAGGGACCUCCAGCCAGAAUCGCAUAUAGAGAGACUCUUAAGUUUUUCAGCCUUGCGUAGGCACUUUAAAUUAUACCUAACGUCAACAGCUGAACACUUUUCUGAAAACUUUCAAGCACUAAUAGUGGACGGUAAAGGCAAGGAAAAGGAGUAUCAUGUACAAUGGCAAGAAUUCUUCACUGGACAUGUAGUUGGUGAACAUAAUUCCAAGGUUAUAGCGCACAUUGGUGAUGAAGACUUUACUGUAAGAAUCAACACUGAUGGCGAAGAAUACAAUGUAGAGCCGCUUUGGAGGUAUAUAGACAAUACUCAGGAUGAAAGACUCUUGGUCUACAGAUCUGAAGAUAUUAAGGAUUUCUCACGUUUACAGUCCCCCAAAGUAUGUGGCUAUUUAAAACAUAAGGAGGAAGAAUUACUGCCCGAAGGACUAGAGGCCAGCCAUUUAAAUGAAGUGAACAUCCUUCGGGAGAAAAGAGCCAUUGCAGACCACUCCAAGAACACAUGCAAGAUAUUAGUGGUGGCAGAUCAUCGCUUCUUCAAGUAUAUGGGCCGCGGGGAGGAAAGCACAACUAUUAAUUACUUAAUUGAAUUAAUAGACAGAGUGGAUGACAUCUAUCGAAAUACCUCUUGGGACAACGGAAACUUGAAAGGAUACGGCAUACAAAUAGAGCAGAUUAUUGUCCACAAUGAAUCAAGUGUUGUGAUGCCUGGGAAAAAACAUUAUAACAUGGCAAAAAAUCAGCCAAAUGAAGAGAAGGAUGCUUGGGAGGUGAAGACCCUGCUGGAGCAAUUUAGCUUUGAUAUAGCUGAGAGAGCAGCUCAUGUGUGCCUUGCUCAUCUCUUUACGUACCAAGAUUUCGAUAUGGGAACACUUGGACUAGCUUAUGUUGGAUCUCCCAGGCCUAACACUCAUGGUGGAAUUUGCCCAAAGGCUUAUUAUAGUCAAGCUGUCAAAAAAAACAUCUAUUUGAACAGUGGCUUAACCAGCACAAAGAACUAUGGCAAAACUAUCCUCACAAAGGAAGCAGACUUGGUUACUACUCAUGAACUGGGACACAACUUCGGAGCAGAGCAUGAUCCAGACAGUCUGCCGGAAUGUGCCCCCACUGAAGACCAGGGAGGGAAAUAUGUUAUGUAUCCAAUUGCUGUGAGUGGCGAUCAUGAAAACAAUAAGAUGUUCUCAAGCUGCAGUAAACAAUCCAUCUGUAAGACCAUUCAGAGCAAGGCCCAGGAAUGUUUCAAAGAGCGCAACAACCAAGUAUGUGGGAACUCCAGAGUGGAUGAAGGUGAGGAAUGUGAUCCUGGCCUUUUGAACAGGCAUUCUGAUCCCUGCUGCUCUGCUGACUGUAAACUGAAACAAAAUGCCAAGUGCAGUGAUCGGAACAGCCCCUGUUGUAAAGGUUGCCAGUUUGAAAGCGCUCAGAAGAAAUGCCAGGAAGCCAUAAAUGCUACUUGUAAAGGAGAGUCCUAUUGCACUGGGAACAGCAGUGAUUGCCCGCCCCCUGGGAAUGCGCCGGAUGACACGGUCUGCGUGGAUUUGGGCAAGUGCAAAGAUGGAGAAUGUGUUCCAUUCUGCAUGAGGGAGAAGAGGCUGCAAUCGUGUGCCUGUAACGAAACGGACAAUUCCUGCAAGGUUUGCUGCCGGGACGAGCAUGGCAAGUGCAGUCCGUACGUUGAUGCUGACCAGCAGUUCCUGUACUUACGGAAAGGAAAGCCCUGCACUGUGGGAUUCUGUGACAUGAAUGGCAAAUGUGAGAAGCAAGUGCAGGAUGUGAUUGAACGAUUUUGGGAUUUCAUCGAUCAGCUUAGCAUCAAUACUUUUGGGAAAUUCCUUGCAGACAAUAUAGUGGGCUCCGUACUUGUGUUUUCCUUGCUAUUUUGGAUUCCUCUCAGUAUUCUUGUCCAUUUUGUGGACAAGAAAUUGGAUAAACAGUAUGAAGAGAACACAAAAUCUCUAUUUUGUCCCAGUAAUGUUGAGAUGCUCAGUAGUAUGGACUCAGCAUCUGUUCGAAUUGUCAAGCCAUUUCCUACUGCACAGUCAACAAGCCGACACCAGCCACUGCAGCCCAUCGCAGCAAUGCCUGUAGUAGCUGCCGCACCAAAACUGGACCACCAAAGAAUGGACACUAUUCAGGAGGACCCAAGUACUGACUCUCAUGUUGAUGAAGAUUGCUUUGAGAAGGACCCUUUCCCAAAUAGCAGCUCAGCUGCUAAAUCUUUUGAGGAUCUUACAGACCAUCCUGUCACUAGGAGCGAGAAAGCAUCAUCCUUUAAACUACAGCGCCAAAAUCGAGUGGACAGCAAAGAAACCGAAUGCUAGCAUCUCGCUGCCUUCCAGCCUCAUGACUGUGUGCAAAAUAAAUGUCCAUAUAUUUGAUCUAAAACCAUUUUGUUUAUAUAAAUUCAGAUAGCGAUCGAUAGAUAUAUUUUGUGAGGGGAUGGGAGACUGGGGAAAUAAGGAAGUGACCUACUGCAGAUGUUGGUCAUGUGUAUGACUUUCCUUAGUUUAUUAGACAAUUACAUCUUUUUAAAACAAAGAAAAACAUCCAGACUAAAACUAGCUUGUUUUGAAGCUUUUGGAUUUGGUUUUUCUAGUUUCUUAACCUUUACUAUUUCCUUCAACCUGUGGUGUAAAGCGGAACAUCCUGCUGGAUAUUAGGUUGUGUAUAUUAGCAUUUUUAUAAUUCAGCUUUUUGUAGUUGGAACACAAAAAGACAAAAUCAUGGUUUUGGGUGUUUUUAAAAAAAACUGUAGUGAGUUUUCUGCAUAGACUAGAGCAUGUAGCAGUUUAGGUACUCUAAGCAGUAUAAAAUUAUUUUGUUUGCAAACAAAGAUCAGAGCAGUGAGAUAGGUAUAAAUUGUAUUUUAAACAGAGUCUGAUAAAUACAAUGAACUGAUACGUGUUCGGAGUUACUCUGGGUUUCAGUUCUUUAUAAAAUUGCUGAAAAAUAGCUUUCAUAUAACUCUUCCCAUUCUGAAUGAAGCAUUUCUUAAAAGAACACCCUAUAAUUACAGACCUCUGCCUGGGGAGGUGGGAGGAAAAGAAUAGCUGCUUAUGUUGAAAGGACACUCAGUUUAGGUUU